AUGGGGAACACCAUGGGAAGGAGUAAAAAGGCAAAGGUCAUGAAGGUGGAUGGAGAAACGUUGAAGCUGAAAACUCCAGCCAGAGUAAACGACGUCGUCAAGGACUACCCCGGUCACGUUCUCCUGGACUCCGAAGCGGUGAAACAUUUUGGGCUUCGGGCCAAGCCCCUUGAGCCUCACCAGGAAUUGAAGCCCAAGAAAAUCUACUUCCUCGUUGAGUUACCCAAGAUUCAGCCCGAAGAGGAAAAAACGGCGCUGCAUAGGAGGGUGCGAUCCAGUGGUAUCCGCGGCAUGAACGCUAAGGAUAGACUCGAGCUCUUGAUGCUCUCCAAACGCUCCGUCUCGGACCUCGCCCUUGUCAGGCCCGGCCCCAAUCUGGCCUCCGAUGGGCCCAUGCGGGUUAAGAUGAGGCUCCCCAAGGCCCAGUUGGACAAGCUCAUGGAGGAGAGCACCGACGGGUCCGAGGUGGCGGAGAAAAUCAUCAGUUUGUACAUGGGAACCAAUGCCGGCGAGGCUGACGGCGUUGAGGCGGCAGAGGACGGUGGCGCAAGGACGCUGCACCAUCACACUCACAAACCACGUGGGAAACGAGUGAGUUUUAGCCCCGUGGAAAAUGAAGAAAUUCGCGUGGAAGCGCGUUCUCAAUAG